CCGGUCCCGAGUGAUUUCAUUCCUAUUUUGGCUAUUUUUUCAGCAUAACGGCAGAACAUAACGAAUAACAUGGUCUAUCGACCAAGCUCUGGCUACGCCGAGGUCCACUGGGUCUUACGGCGGCGGCGUUGGAGCCGGACUUGUCCAAAAGGCCGGCCGCUAACGUGGGCACCCCGCGUUAAGCAUAACACUACAGGCGGAUGACCCGAAAGUCCGACUAGACAAUACUGGUAAGCGGAGGGGUUUCCAGAAUACUACUUAGCUCGUUCGAUUUCCCACUCUUGACCGAUAUUUGUUCCUACCAAGUCACAACACCUUUCGACUGAAUCACACAGCAUACCCGACAGUUCACAGCGAGUGGCCGUGCUACCAAAUGGAUACUAGCAAGCUUAAGCCCAACGACAGCCGAGUGCGGCACGUCAACACUACCAUCCGAGGCAAGAAUGUGAGAUACAUUCUCGGUGAGCCUCAGGGCACCAAGAAGGACACAAUGGUUCUCGUUCACGGCUGGCCAGACAUGGCCUUUGGCUGGCGCAACCAGAUUCCUUACUUCAUGUCACUUGGCUACCAGGUAGUUGUUCCCGACAUGGUUGGCUAUGCCGGCACCGAUGCGCCUAUGGAGCUGGAGAAGUACAGCUUGAAGAGCGUUGCGGAGGAUAUCCGUGAGCUUGCUGCUCAAUUUGUUGGCGAGGACGGCCAGAUUAUCUUGGGCGGACACGACUGGGGAGGCAUGGUCGUCUGGCGAACUGCCCAGUGGUUCCCCAAGCUCAUCAAGGGAGUCUUCAGCGUCUGCACGCCAUUCGCCCAGAGCCAGCCGCAGUAUAUCCCUCUCGAGGCCAUCAUUGAAUCGGGCCACCUUCUCAACUUCCGAUACCAGCUUCAAUUGAUGGGAUCUGAAGCGCAGGAGAAGCUUCAAGGCCGAGACAAGAUGCGCCAGCUGCUCCUUGCUCUGUACGGUGCCCGUACCCCAGAGGGCGAGGUUGGAUUCUCAACACUGGAUGGCUUCUACUUCGACCGACUGGAUAGACUUGUCUCCACGCCAUUGCUACCCGAAGAAGAACUCGAAUACUACACCGAUCAGUACAUGUUGCGCGACGCCCCCCAGGCUCGCGGCCUGUUCAACUGGUACCGAACCCGCCCUAUCAACUUUGAAGAAGAGCGUCCGCUUGCCGAGGCCAACGCCAAGAUUGAGAUGCCAGCGCUCUUUAUUGGGGCAACGCAUGACGAUGCUCUGCCUCGUUCCAUGGGUGCUGCUAUGGGCCAGCACUUUACCAACCUUACGAGAACCGAGGUUGAGGCGUCUCAUUGGGCUUUGACGGAGGCUGCGGCUGCAGUCAACGCAGAUGUCACUGCCUGGUUGAAGAAGCAAUCUCUGUUGUAAUAGUUAAAAAAUAAGAGGAGGAUGAACCAAUGAAGGAUUUUGCAGUCAAGUUCUUUAAGUACCUUGUAAAUAAAUAAAAUACAUACUUCAGUCCAUUUCAAUACACAGCCGGACAGCGGGCCAGCAGUGGGCCAAGCCACUCGAAGCGAACAAAUGGGAAUGACGUAGGCUGAGCUUGUUUCGGUGAUCAGGUAACGUUUCGUAGUAGAGUCUGGUUGCUGCCGUAUAUUCGUACUGUUGGAGCCGUAGCACCGUUGCAGGGUGCAAACCUGCGACGGGGGCUAAAACGACGUAAUGCAAAAGUUGGCCUUGGGAGUCGAGGUGCUAUUUUUGGGUGGACGGGAAGGCUGCACUAACUGAGCAAGCUGGGAGCGGGAGUGGAUCACUGUUAGUGCGGUUGAACGAUUCGGAGAGGGACUGAGCGCUAACUAAGGCCAACGCGCGUUUGAUGAAAUUGAAUGGAGACGCUUGUUGAAUUCCUGAGGAACAAAAAAAAAUUGCCCGAGGCCAGUGCAGAAAAGAAGAGGGAGAGAGGGGAUAAUU